CAUGCUACAAUACGAUUUGCACAACGGUCCGACAUCAAAGAUGGCGGGAGCCUCCGACCCGCUGGAGGACAUGCUCUUCACUGAGGUGGACGAGAAAGCCGUGAGCGACCUGGUCGGGUCUCUGGAGUCGCAGCUGGGCGACAGAAAGACUCCCGCCGCUCCGUUCUCCGCCGGGAGCCGGGAGGCGGCUCCGGUCGCCGCGGCUCAGUUCUCAGGGAAAGUGCCCGACCAAGUGGGGUCUGUUGAGCCGCAACAAGGGCAUCCGACCGCGGGGUUGACCCGGGAGCCCGGCGCCUCCGAGCCGCUGUCCGGUCCGAGCCUCUCCGCCUCUACCUCCUCCUCCUCCCCCGCCGGGGCCCUGGUCGCCACCGGAGCGGGGCUGCAAACUGUUGGAGUCGCUCCUCCGACCGCUUCCCCCGGAGCGGGACCGGGACCCGCAACUUUGCCCGCCGCCGCCGCCGCUAGCUUCCACCGGGCGGCGGUCGUGGGUCCGAGCGCGGCUCCCGGCUCCUCCGUUGUCCCCGCGGCGGAGCCUCCCGGGACCGGCUCUCCCGCGCUGCAGAGUGUAAACGGAAGCGGCGGAGCGGUGAAGUUGGUGAACUCGCCCGCUGCCGCGCCACCGGCCGCCGCCAGCUCCGUCAUCAGUUCUGUCAUCGCCCCCACGGCCGCGCAGCCCGGUUUCCCGGUACCUCAGCCCACCGUGGCUCUGCAGAGACACCCCGGCCCGGUGGCCCAGAACGGGGUGGACCCCAAGGGGGGGCCGCCGGGGACCCCGGGCGCCCCCAGCUCUCAGGUCCUGAACCACAGCAAGAUGCUGGUCCCGGGUCAGCCGGUGUCCGGGAACACCGUCAUCCUGACCAGCGCCCCCCCUCCGGCCGCAGCGCCGUGUCCCGUCAGCCAGACCGGGACCGGGACGACCACCGUCACCCUAACCGCCGCGGGGGUGAAGCCCGCCAUGAACGGGGUGGUGGGUCAGCCUGCGGUGGCCGUGGUGAGGCCUCCGGGGGCCCCGGCGAUGACCACGUCCCUCCAGCAGCAGAGACCCGGGCUGGUGGCGAACUCCCCCCGGGCGGCCGCGCCUCAGCUGCCCCUGGCCGUCCGGCCCCAGCAGCAGACCACCAUCCAGCUGCCCCCCGGCUUCACCAUGCCCCCCGGUAUGGUCCUGGUCCGGACAGAGACGGGUCAGCUGGUGAUGGUCCCUCAGCAGGUCCUGGCCCAGGCUCAGGCCAAGACCCAGCAGGCCCAGACGGUGGCGAGCAUCACCCAGAGACCGGCCACGCCGACGGCCGGAGCCACCAUCCGGGUCAGCACCGCCCCAACGGCUCCGGGCUCAGCUCAGAGCGUCCGCCUGGCCUCCCCCGCUGCCAGCCGGGUGGUUCAGUCCCCCUCCACCACGGUACAGAAGACCAUCACCGUGGCCCCCGGCGGAGCGGCGGUGUCAGUGAAGAUGACCGCUCCUCAGAAGGCCGCGACGGUGAUAACAGCAGGGGUGGCGCCCACCAGCAAGCCUGCAGGCGUCCCGUCCGCCCCUCUGACCAGCUCCACCCCUGCUGCCACGGCCCCUGCCAGAGUCACUGUGGUGUCGCAGGAGAUGCAGGAGAACGUGAAGAAAUGCAAGAACUUCCUCGCCACGCUCAUCAAGCUGGCGUCGCACAACUCGCCGUCGCCGGACACGUCCAAGAAUGUGAAGGGCCUGGUGCAGGACCUGCUCGAUGCAAAGAUCGAGCCGGAGGAGUUCACCACUCGGCUGCAGGCGGAGCUGAAGUCGUCUCCUCAGCCCUACCUCAUCCCUUUCCUCAAGAAAAGUCUCCCCGCCCUGCGUCAGUCUUUGCUCAGCAGCCAACAGUCUCUGGUGACGCCCGCCCCUGGCUCCUUGGCUCCGCCCCCGCCCACCCCCGGCUCUGUCACCGCUACCGCCAUCAGACCGCGGCUGCCCGUCAGUCCGGCUGGCGGCGCCGUCAGACUGAACACCCCGCUCGCCAACACAACAACUCUGGUCGGUAGAGCCGGGGUCCAGCCGGUCCAGACCCGGUCCCCGGUCCUCAUCGGUCAGACCGUCAGACCCGCAGGGAACCUCGUGAGAGGAACCACCACCAUCGUCGGCAAGAGUCUCAUCAACCUGACGGCUCAGGCCAAUCAGAGGAAGCUGAGCGACCCGGGGGGCGGGACCUUCAGAGAUGACGACGACAUCAAUGACGUGGCAUCCAUGGCCGGCGUCAACCUCAACGAGGAGAACGCCCGUAUCCUAGCAACCAGCUCGGAGCUGGUGGGCACAAAGAUACGCUCCUGUAAAGACGAGUCGUUCCUGCCCACGGGCCUGCUGCACCGUCGCGUCCUGGACACAGCGAAGAAGCUUGGGGUGAGCGAGGUUCCUCUGGAGGUGGUGAACUUCAUCUCCCACGCGACUCAGACCCGACUGCGCUCGCUGCUGGAGAAGGUGUCGUCCGUCGCCCUGCACCGCACGGACGGAGGAAAGGAUGAAGAUCAUCACGAACAGACGACAGACGUUCGCUCGCAGCUUCGUUUCUUCGAGCAGCUUGAAAGACUCGAGAAGACGAGGAAGGACGAGCAGGAGAGAGAGAUCCUGCUGAAGGCUGCCAAGAGUCGAGCCAGACAAGAGGAUCCAGAACAGGCUCGUCUGAAGCAGAAGGCCAAAGAGAUGCAGCAGCAGGAGUUGGCCCAGAUGCGUCAACGAGACGCCAACCUCACGGCGCUUGCCGCCAUCGGACCACGCAGGAAACGCAAGAUGGACUCACCAGGAGGAGGAGGGGCUGCGAGCAGCGAGGUGGCCUCGGGCUCGGGCGCAGGCUCCUCCCCCGCCUCCUCGUCCCGCCAGCAGCUCCGUCAGCGGAUUACACGCGUUAACCUCAGGGACUUCAUCUUGUGUCUGGAGCAGGACCGCACGACGGCCCGCUCCCUGCUGCUCUACAAGGCUCUGCUGAAGUGACCCGGACCGGACCGGACCUCUGGACUCUACAUCCUCAUCAUGUCUCAUUUUUAGAUCAUGACAUUUCUCAGUUUUACAUUUCAGCUCCAUGUUUGAUCAGCGUUUCACAGCUGUAACGACCGAGCCACACCAGACGACACUGAACGCACCGCGUGCCUUCGUCAAGUCCUGAGCUUUGACGUCGUGAUGAUGACGACGACGAUGAUGAUGACGACGACGACGCUGCAGAAUAAACCUGAUCCAAACAGCUGGACUGUGUCUGUGGUCACAUCUCGUCUGUGACGCUGGUUUCUACAGAUGUGACCUGAACACAGCACCUGCAGCUAGCGAUCAGAUUACUAUGAUGUCAUGAUGUCAUGAUGUCAUGAUGAUGACGACGAAUCAGACGAUGCUCUGUCAGAUUCACAGGUCAAAGGUCACUGAGGUUCUGGUGUGAUUGGAUCGUUUUUAAAAAACUGAUUUUAUUAAAAUUCCACUUUACCCACAAUGCACCUGCCCCUCUGACAGUUGGUGGGUACAUCACUGUUGCUAGGUUUCGACUGUAGUCCACAAUCUGCUUCCUGUUUACACCUGGAUGGUCAUGUGACAUGUUGGUGUGGUUCAGACAUGUCAGUGUUUCCUUGGCCACGCCCACGUCUCCACUCAGGACGCCGCGCAUCUGUUUGAAGCUCGUCAGGUGACAGUCGGUCACUGAGACACUCGAUGGUUGGUCGAUCAUUUUAAAGAGUGUGUGUAUAUGUGUUUGUGUUCAUGCUGAGUUUAACACUUGACAAAGUUAAAGGAGCAGUCCAACUUUCUGAGACACUGCUGUUCAGUCUUUAUGCUAAGCUAGGCUAGCUGUUUCCUGUCUUUUGUUAAGAUAGGCUAACGGUUGCCUCUGGUUUCCUGUUUUUAUGCUAAGCUAGGCUAGCGGUUGCCUCUGAACUGUCCCUUUAAGUCAUUCAGUGAUUGACAGUUUUCGAAGUCGAUCGUCACAGAAGCUGCUUCUCCUUCACUCAGGCUGCGUUCAGGGACUCACCCUCACAUCUUCCUCCUCCUCCUCUGCAUUAUGAUGUAAUCUGUAGCUGUUUCAGCCUGAUCACAUGGUUCGUCAGUGUGGAAACGUAGUGAUGAACCAAUCAGAGCUCAUCACAGUCUAGAUUGUGUGUUGUUCACCUGACUGUGUAGCGGCAUGUUACCAUGGUGAUAAUGAGCCUUAAAGUGACAGUGACCAGGUAUCAGUGGCUCAGUCUCUCAGACCUCGACGUGAUGACGUGACGCUCGGCGGUGGCGUGGAGCUGUUGAAUCAUGUUUUUGUGGCAGUAGAAGAAGACGAUGCAGUUUGUGGAUACAGUUUUAACGGAGACGUGGAAGGUUUUUAAUGCUUUAAAUGUCUUUGUUUGUAGAGGAUCUAGAUCUGAAGCUGUGGUGUGUUUACUGUCUGUUCACAGGCUGGGUCGUCACAGCACCCGGCCACAGUCUCAUCUGUUGGAAGAAGGACACAAAUUUUGCGACUAUUUAUAUUUCCUACAUUCUGUACUCGAUCCUGACGCAUUUCAGGAAAUGCAAUUUUACAGUUGUUUGUACCUUUGCAAAAAAAAUGAAAUAAAUAAAAUGAUAAAGAAGCA